AUGCACGGGCUUCGCCUGGCGGGCCUCUCCGGAGGGAUCCGCCCUGCAAGUUUCAACGUGAAACAAGCCCCAAAGAGCCCUCCCCAGGCGGGCAGGCAGGCAGGCGAGCGGUGCAGCCGGCCCCCGCCCCCCUCCCGCGCCGGCCCGGGCGCGCCCCCUGGGGCUGAGGCGGCCGGGGGGAGCGGGGGGGGGGCUCCUCGCGGGCCCCCAAGAUGGCCGCCGAUGCGGGCUCGAGGGCUGGCCCUCGGAAGCGGCGGCCGGCCGGCCGGACGCCUGCAGGUGAGUGAGUAUCCGCGAUUGAUUCCUCGCCGCGGCUCUUUGUUCGGGCGGCUCAUUGAUCCCGCGGCGGCGGCGGCGGCGGCGCCGAGCAGGAGGCGGGCUGGCCAGGCGGAGGAGCGGCGGCGGCGGCCGGCUGGUCGGGCGGGCUGGAUGGAGGCGCCGCCGGGCAGCCCGGGGCUGCUGCUGCUCCUGCCGCCGCUCCCGCCGGCCCCCGCCCGCCCCGGCCACGGCCCGCCUGCCGGCGCCCAACUUCUCCGGGCUGUGAAGGUGACCAGCGCCGCGGGGCGGGCAGGAGGAGGGACGGGGGGAGGUUCUGGUCCCCGGGCGGGGGGGGGGAAAGAAGGGUGCUGGGAACCGGGGCGGCCCACCCUCCCCAGCCGGGUUGCAGCGCUUCCCCCCCCCGCAAAGUUUUCUCCCCCCCCGGGCGACCCCCGCUGCAACUUCGCGGGGCGCCUUUCGCCUUGUUUGCUGCGGGUGGGGGGAGGGGGAGCCCCCGAGGGAGCCCCCGCCGCCGGUCCCGGAACUCUGCCCCCCCCGCCUCCCUUCCAGGGCUUCGUGUCGCCCCCCCCCCCGGCAAGCGCGCCUCCGCUGCCGGCGGGCAUCCCUCGCUCGCCAAGCCGCGCCGGCCUGGGGGCGACUCUGCCGGCUGCGGGGCGCGAGGCGGCCGCCUUCCUGCCCCCCCCCCACCAGCGCGGCCGGGGCAGCUGGCCGGGGGUCGCGCCCGGGAUGGGGAGGCAUUUUCCCCGGGGCUGA